AUGGCCUGGGGCUGGGAGCAAUCCGACGAGGCUCACCGUGAGGUGUACGGCGAGCGCAGACACGAGAGCAGCCUGUCUCACGAGCUCAUUGCUGGAGCUGCCUCGUUUGCCGGCAUGAAGGCUUGGGAGGACCACCAGCGCCAGGAGGGCAAGCCUGUAAGCCACGCUUUCGCCAAGGAGGCCCUGGCAGGGUUUGUCGGUGCUGAGGUCGAUAAACUCAUCGAAACAAAGGGACUUGAUGAGGCGGAUAAGAUACGCGCUCGUCGUCAUGCUAAGGAAAAUGCUGAACGCAUGUACGAUGAGCACUACAUCGGCCGACAGGGUGCCCCAGAGUACGACCCAGGUCGCUACCCGCCCCACGAGCGCUUCGACCGCCCUGUCGACCGUUGGUAAAUGCUUUUCCGUACGGGACGGCUAGACAACGUGUACAUAGGUUAGAUAACAGUGAUGAUGGAUGAUGGCCAUGAAUUGAAUAUCUCUGUAUGUAUGCUUGCUGAAAAUGGACAAGUUGCUCUCACACUUUCAUAGAUGAUCAUUAUUAAUAGUGUCGCUCCAUGACGCAACUCGGAAGAAAAACAACAGUCAAUGUCGUUGAGUGACGCCACCAGUCUUGGC